CAUGUCCUUCAUCCGAAACGCUAGUAUACCUCCCUGCGAUUGUAAUAUUAAUACUGAAUUGUUGGAAGGUAAUAUAUAUUUUCAUUUGGGCCACGGAAAAAAUGAAGAAGAUCUAAGUGAAAUAUUUGAGGAAAGAAAAGCAAGGCUAAUUCCAGUUUACUAUAAAAAGUAUGUUGGAGUUGACGGAAAAGGUUGUCCCAAAGCUCUUGAAGUUCUUUCUAAAAACGAAAAUGAGAGUGAUCAUGAACAAUUACUUAUACUAUAUCGAAAAAGGCCAUAUCAUACUUGUAAAUACUCCCUAUUUAUAAUUGCAAUUGUUCAAUGGGAAAACGAGUUUUCCUAUUACGACCAAAAAUUACUCUUUGGUAUGUUAUGUGCCAAUAUGUGCAAUAGUAAGCUUGAAAGGCCUAGAGCUUGUACUUGGAAUCGUUCAAGAACCUGCUCUUGCCAAGGAGUGUUUGAAAAAUUUAAAGGUAGAAGCUAUACCGUAGGCUGCUCUUAUUCACCAUAUCUAGAAGGUUGUGGGUUUGCUCAAGCCCAAAAUAGGGAUAUGAAAAAAUAUGGUAAUUUACCUAGAGAAGUUGCCCAACUUAUUAAUGAAUGUGCAAAAGAUGUCGCUGAGAUUCAAAAAGAUCUUGUUCCCAAAUGCUUCGCAAAUAUGGUUAAACUGAAUAAUAAUUGUCGAAUUGGCUUUGGAUCUGAAAGACCUUAUUCAACUGUAAACAUUAAUAUGGAUUAUUCUGCCCAUACUCAUCAGGAUUUUUGGAAUAUGGAUGAAGGUUGUUCGGUUAUCUAUACGUUAGUGCCAUUGAAACGUAAGCCAGAGCAGUUGCACAUACUGUCCCAUUACAGUACAACUCCAGGGGGUUCGGUAGGAGGUUUAGGAUUAGAGCUAACAAACGGAUCUGUUCUAAUUGAAUAUUCUAAAUAUGAAACUCAUGCUACAACUGCUCUCACAAAACCUAACAGCUUAUUACCGAAGAGAUUGAGUCUUACUUUUUAUCAGCAAAGAGAUUUAAACGAAAUAAAUCACGGCUAUUCAGCGGAGAGGGCCCAACGUAUGAGGCAACAGCGACAGAGGAAACAAAGAGAAAAUCAACAAGGGGACUUGGAUAGAGGUUUCUUGAUGGAUGAAAAGAGCACUUUUAUCGAUGCAAUAUUAAAACAAGAACAAGACCCCAAUUAA